AUGAAUGUCACACUUGAGGCAGAAGGACUCAAUGUGAAACUAGUCACAGAAUGGCUACUGCUUACGAUGGCUAUAACUAAUGCUUUCGUACGGGUACUGAACUCCAGCGCCCGACAUAGGAUUUUGUCAACCCAUAAUGUCCUAAAAGCACGUCAGUUCAGUGUGUCACCGCUCUAUAAGGUUGUAACAUCACCACAGCACCUGUUCGCCUAUGGGGCUAAUGAUGAAGUCACACGUCUUGCGGCUAGUCGCCGUCGGCCAUUAACUCUUGCAGAUUUGCUCAAACACGGUCGUCCGCCAUUAUCGAAGGAUGCUCUCCUCGCAUCGGCGAAUUUUACGCUUUCGCUUCUCCCUGCUCGACUCGCAUCUAGAAUCGAAGCUCUAAGAAACCUCCCAUUUAUUGUCGUUUCGAAUCCCCACGUUUCAAAGAUCUACAAUAAUUAUCUUCACUCCUUGUCAACCCUUCUCCCGUACCAGCAACGGCAGGUAACGACACUCGAGGCAGAGAAACACUUCGCGGAGGUACUGGCGGAUUUAGUCCAUACUCAUACGAAUACCAUUCCCGUACUUGCGCGCGGAUUUCUUGAAUGCCGCCGAUAUAUCGACUCGGCGGAGGUGACUCGGUUCCUUGACACCCACCUUCGGGCGAGAAUCGGCACUCGGCUGAUAGCUGAGCAACACUUGGCGCUUCAUUUUGCUUCACAACCAGUCACUGAUGAUGGCCGUCCGCCGAAGAGCACAGCACCAUCGAACUAUAUAGGUGUCAUCGACACUGCUCUGCAGCCGGCACGCAUUGUCAAGCUCUGUGAGGAUUUUGUCGGAGAAAUCUGCGAAUUGAAAUAUGGCGUCCGCCCACGGCUCACCAUUGGUGGACAACCGGACGCUACCUUUGCGCAUGUUCCUGUCCAUGUAGAGUACAUACUCACGGAACUGUUGAAGAAUGCGUUCAGAGCUGUGGUUGAGUCGGGGAAUGAACGUGAGCCUAUUGAGGUGACCAUCGCCGCUGCACCUGACGUCCCGAGCAACCAUGUACUCGGGCCAUGUUCACCAUCAUUGGGAACUCAGCCCCAUCAACCUGACUCUGAUGUUGGAUUUGAGAGGGACAGCGUCGCUGGAACCGCAGAUGCGAACGAGUCAAUCAAACAUUCGUCCCCCUCCACGCAAAGCAUUACGAUCAGAAUUCGGGACAGAGGGGGUGGGAUCCCUCCCGAAAUUCUGCCAAAUAUUUGGUCCUAUAGCUUUACCACUUUCUCCGAUCUCGACCUGCAGGGAUCGGAAAACGGAAACAUGGAUGCUUUGAAUGCCAUGUCUUCCAGCAGUGGUCACUUGAGUAGCAUUGCAGGACUUGGGUACGGAUUGCCAUUAAGCAGGGCCUACGCUGAGUACUUUGGUGGUAGUAUUGCCGUACAGAGCCUUUGGGGCUGGGGAACCGACGUCUAUCUGACUCUACAAGGAGUUGGAAAGGUCGGUUGA